AACAGUGAAUCCACGCAUUUGUGAAAUGGUUCAAUUUUAUUAAAUAUUUGCGAGUUAGAACCAAAAAAAUAUGGUUGUGCGGUAUGAUUUAUGGAUCGUAGAAUGAUAUUGAGGAACAUAGUAUACUGUACUCUUCUAUGUAAUGUGAUCGCAGAUACAUUGAGGUAUGGUCUAAGUAACUGGCAAGAGAACCCAAAGGAAGCCAGAUGUCUGACCGGGUAUAUGACGGACGUACAGAAAUGGGUGGACAAGGAAGGUCACUUGAUCAACGUGUCUGGACGCACCGCCUUAGACUUGUCGUUAAGAAGCGACCCCAUAGAAUCUUUGCAAAAUGAGAUGACUCUGCUCAGGCAUCAGUCUGCCACCGAGAAGGUCAAGUAUCUGAGCAUGGCGAAGUGCAGCUUAACGCAGAUACCACCGAUAUUCAACAUACCAGACAAUCUCGGACGUAGGUUGGCGGACACGGCCGAGUACAUCAGCUUCUACGGCAACAACUUCUCCAUGCACGCUAAGUACAAUCAGUAUGAUAUCGUAUUGAACGCCAGCGAUUCACAUUUAGUCCUUGCAAACGACGAAUUUUUGAGACAGAAAAUGUCCGAGUGGUCGCUGGGUUUCCGAGAUAUUCAAUUCAACCUACUGAAAGAGUUGGAUCUUCGGGCGUGCUCCAUUCAAGUAAUAGGAGAUUUCAACUUUCGCAGCAUGCCGAACCUUACCCAUCUAUACUUAGGUGAAAAUAAUAUUUACUACGUCAACGCAAACGCCUUUAGAGGCCUUAAAAAUUUGCGACAUUUAGAUAUGAGCAGGAACUACCGGUUGGACGAGAACGGGAUGCACUGUCGGGUAACGUUUGAAAACCUUAACGUUCUUCGGAGAUCUAGACUCGAGUCUCUUGAUUUUUCCUUCACGAGAUUAGAGGACAGGAUUAUCCACAUCAUAGCUCGAUUAGGAGAUAACUUACAAAAACUCUCACUGUGCUACACGGGUAUCACCAAGCUCCCAGACAAUGUUUUCCAAAAUACCUCAUUACGGUAUCUAGACAUCUCUGGGAACGUCGAGGCCUUAUCGUCCGUGAGAUCAUUAAAGGGGACGGAGGACACAUUGCAGGUGGUCUACGCAAAGGAAGUGAUUUUGAAAAACAUGAAACCGUUCGAAAAUUUCACCAACCUGGAAGUUUUGAAAAUAUCGUAUAACAACAUCAGACAUAUUAGCGGGAAAGAUGUCAAAAAUCUUAAAAAAUUACAAAUCCUAGAUCUAGAUAACAAUAAAAUGUCGGCGUGGUUUCAACCAUUUUUGUACCGCCUGCCUAAUCUGAAAGUCCUGUCGCUUCGCAACAACAACAUAAACGUCAUUACGGAGGAGAUGUUCGAGGACUUUAAGAAUCUGUCGUACGUGAGCUUCUCCGGGAACUUCAUGGUGUGCAACUGUCACGCCAGAGACUUCUACGACAUCGCCCUCCAGAACGAGUUCAGGCGAACCAAUACGUUAGUUAAACCGAUAAAUUUCUCGAACGUAUCCCUGUAUCACAACGGAUACGUCGACUUCAACACGAUGAUAUUGAAUCGGAAUAACAUCAGCAAGGGUUGCCAAGAGCGAAAACGUUGCAAUACGGAUGGGAGCAAUUCUGGGAGUUACUUGAUUCUCGAUUACGAGGAGUCCCUGUACCGCUGCCUGGCGGUGCCGGAGAGCACUUCGCUGAACUUCCACGAGAUCCCCACGUGCAACCAGUUCGCGCGAGACAUCGAUCUGAGCGACGUGCUCCAGGAGAGCUGGAACAAGCUGUAUCUGAUACUCUGCCUUCCCGUUUUGAUUGUACCAGUCUUGGUAUUUUUAUACAGUUUCAGGAAGAAUUUCAAAUAUUUUUUGAUAACGAUGAGAAAUUCGGCGAUGCUAAGUUUGAUCAACAAAAACAAAAAUCAUGAUGAGAACUCCAUAUACAACUAUGACGUUUUCGUGUCCUACUGCAAUGAAGAUAGGCAGUGGGUUUUGGACCACCUUUUGCCUCACCUCGAGAACGAUUGCAACAUAAGCGUUUGCUUACAUGAAAGAGAUUUUCAGGUGGGUCUCUCGAUCUUGGAGAACAUAGUGUCGUGCAUGGACCGGUCGCGGCUGAUCGUGCUGGUGCUGUCGCGCCCGUUCCUGCUCAGCCAGUGGUGCCAGUUCGAGAUGCACCUCGCUCAACACAGACUUUUGGAAACAAGACGCGAGGACCUUAUUUUAAUUCUUCUCGAGGACAUACCCAGGCGUCUCCGGCCGACCACUCUUCACUAUCUGAUGGUCACCAAAACCUACAUCGUUUGGCCGCACUCCAAGCCGAAUGACGGCGAUUCAAAAAAAGAACUAGAAAAAAUAUUUUGGAAAAGACUGAAAAAAAGCUUAGUGGUCCAAAAACUGAGGCAACUAGAACGAAACGUUUCAUUGGCGUGAGAUAGACCAGUCGAAGUGGAACUUCUCGAAGCACAUCAAGAGUGAAAAUUUAAGCGGACGGAGUAACAAUUUUGGAUUUCCUAUGAAGUUUUUAUUCUGCCAUACAUCCUAUUUUAUCUAGUCUAAACUCUUAGAAAUAAACCUGACAUAUCAGUAAUCCCAGAUACUUUAAUUUAUAAUGAGUAAUAAGUUAUUUCCCCCCCCCCCCCCCCCUUUUUACCCGUUUACGUUAAUUAGACAAGUUAGUAAGAUGAGUUUUUAUUCAAUUCAUUUGUCAUUUCAAUGUUUAAGAUAAUAGAGACAGGUACGUUUGAAGUGCGAAAAUAUGUAUGAGUUUGUGUUGCA